CUUCUUCUUCCUCUUCUCUCUCUCUCCCUGAUUACAAGCAGAUUAAUUAAUUUACAGGAGGAGGUUUCCUUCUUCUUCUGUGGCGGCCAUUCGUGUAUGAUCAAAAACUAUCAGAACCAGUUCAUCCGGAUUCUUGCCAUUCGUUUGUAUCUUUUCCCAUACGAUUUAGGGGUCGUCUUCCUUUAGGCUGAGAGAAACUAAAAGAUGUUGUCGGACAAUGAGAUGGGUUUGGUAUUAGCUGUGUCUUCUAGUGUAUUCAUAGGUUCCAGCUUCAUUUUGAAGAAGAAAGGUCUCAAGCGUGCUGCUGCUAACGGCACCCGAGCUGGGUUUGGUGGUUAUACAUAUUUGUUAGAGCCCCUUUGGUGGGUAGGCCUGGUCACAAUGACUUUUGGAGAAAUUGCAAACUUUGUUGCUUACGUCUAUGCACCGGCUGUACUUGUCACUCCUCUUGGUGCAUUGAGUAUAAUCAUCAGUGCUGUUUUGGCACAUUUCCUGUUAAACGAGAAACUUAGGAAAAUGGGAGUUUGGGGAUGUGUUUGUUGCAUCGUGGGCUCUGUUAUGAUUGUCAUACACGCACCUCAGGAGCAGACUCCCAAUUCUGUUGAAGAAAUCUGGACACUAUCAAUGCAGCCAGCAUUUCUAGUUUACGUAGCUAUAUCAAUGUCGAUUGUCCUGGCUUUGAUUCUGUAUUGUGAACCUCUCUGCGGCCAAACCAACGUUCUUGUUUAUAUCGGAAUUUGUUCAUUGAUGGGUUCUCUCACUGUUAUGAGCAUAAAGGCUGUGGGGAUUGCGAUAAAGCUAACAUUGGAGGGGAUAAACCAGAUUUGGUAUCCAGAGACAUGGUUUUUUGUCAUGGUUGCAGCAAUCUGUGUGGUAAUGCAAAUGAUUUACCUUAACAAGGCGCUAGACACAUUCAACGCAGCAAUUGUUUCUCCUAUCUACUACGUGAUGUUUACAACCCUCACAAUUGUUGCGAGUGCGAUCAUGUUCAAGGACUGGAAUGGGCAAAACACAGAAAGCAUAGCCUCUGAGAUUUGUGGGUUCAUCACAGUGCUUACAGGAACAGUUAUACUGCAUGCAACGAGAGAAGAGGAACAAGCUUCUUCAGGAAGAAGGAGAUGGCAGGAUUCAGGGAAGAGCUUUGAUGAAGAACAUCUGACAAGUUUGUACAGUCCUGAAUAUUAGCAACACUAGGUAAAAAUAUAUAAAAUCUUGUCCCUCAAAGUAAACCCUCUUUGUGCUGCAAACUGAGGGAGGUUGGUUCUCUAACUCUCUUAGAGGGGAAACAAUGUAGGCUUGUUGUGUAUACUUGAUAGUUUUGUUGUAAUAGUCUUUUGUGGUUUCUCUAUCUAAAUUUGUCCAUUUAUUAUAAAUUCUUUUUAGUUCUUAGUACAAUUAUCUUUUUAAAACAAAA